GUGAUUGUAACGGUGAUGCCUACUUCUCUCUCUUCUGUUUGACACAAGAUAAUUUUUAAUAAAACUUAAAUAAACAUAAAAUUUAAUUUAUUAUUGUGAGUGGCAUUGUGUGAAUUAAAUUUAUUAUAUUUAAAUAAGUUAUACACAUUAAUAAUCAAAUUAAAAUUGUUUAUAACAGAUAAUUCCGUAAUCCGUAUGAUGUUGCGGCAUCAGCAUCACACUAUUCAAAAUCAACUACGAGAUCAAAACAGAAUUGCCAACUCGACACGACAAAUGUCACAGUCAAACAUGAUACCAGCUCACCAGGCACAUAUGCAUCUUCAUCGUGGUAUACAUGGACCACAGCAAAUAAUAUCAAUGAGCCAUCAACCAAUGCAUCAUAUGCAAAAUUCUGGUCCUCGUCAGCCUAUGAUGAUCACUCAAAAUCCACAAAAUCCAAAUGGCACAAUGUUAAACGUUGGUUUGAAUCGACAAGGAGAUGGCAGUCAGACUGUUAUUCAAUAUCAACAGCAAGUACCACCUCAACAACACCAACAACAACAACAAAUUCAAAAUCAAAAUCACCAACCAAGCAAAACAUUAAAUGAAUCUCCUAUUAAUCUUAAUAAACGUCAAUUAAGGGAUCAAAGUCCGUCCAAUAAAAAUCAUGGAAAUUCAACAAAUAUAAAUAAUAUUGAUUUAACAAAUAUGAAAGAAAAAACACCAAUGUGUUUAGUUAAUGAAUUGGCACGUUUUAAUAAAAUUCAACAUCAAUAUAGGUUAACAAACGAACAAGGACCAGCUCAUAAAAAACGUUUUACUGUAACGUUAAAACUUGGUGAAGAAGAAUAUGUUGCUGAUGGUGCAAGUAUAAAAAAAGCACAACACAGUGCAGCAACAGAAGCACUUAGUAAAACAUGGUACAGACAACCACCGCCAAAACCACGUGGUAUGCGUAUUAAUUCAUCAGGUAAAUCAUCAACAACAUCUGGUAAUUAUACUAGUCAUUUACCACCAACUGUUGAAUUGAAUGCUCUUGCAAUGAAACGUGGUGAAUCAACAAUUUAUACAUUUAAACAAGCACCAUCAAAUCAACAAUUAUUUAUACCACAAAAUUUCGGUAAUUUACCAAAUCAUCAAAGAUCAUUUACACCAAAUUAUCAACAAGUUAGAUCAAUGAAUAGUUAUCCAAAAAAUGAUGGAUUAUAUUUAGUUACAUUGACUGUUGGUGAACGUGAAUUUAUUGGUAAAGGUGUUACAGCACAAGCAGCAAGACACGAUGCAGCAAGUCGGGCCCUUGAACAGCUACGUCAACUACCAUUACCUGAAGAUACAACAACAACAACGUCAACAACAACAACAACGACAACAACAGCAACAACAUGUGUAUCAGCUGAAAAUGGCUCAUCAACAUGUAGUUCUGGUAUUGAUGAACAAAAUUCAGAACUCAAAAGUCCAGUAUCACUUGUACAUGAAACAGCAUUAAAACGUGGUUUAUCAGUGAGUUUUGAAGUUGUAUCAGAAACUGGAAAACCUCAUAUUCGUACAUUUUCAACAAAAUGUAUUGUCGGUGAUACUAUUACAAUUGGUGAGGGUUCAUCAAAAAAAGUAUCAAAAAAAAAAUCAGCUGAAUUAAUGCUUGAAAAAGUUAAAAAAUUACCACCAGUUACAAUAACAGUACAAAAUAAAACAAUACGUUUGAAACGUAAACCACCAGCAACUAAAAAAAAAUCAAGAAAUUUAAUAAAAGAUUAUCAAGAACCAAAGUCUAUAGCUGAUACAUCAGAUAGUGUUAAUCCAAUAUCACGGUUAGUUCAAAUACAACAAUCUAAAAGAGAAAAAGAACCAAUUUAUACAUUACUUGAAGAAAAAGGUGCACCACGUAAACGUGAAUUUUUAAUGGAAGUAUCAAUUGGACAGUAUUCAGCAACUGGAAUUGGACCAAAUAAAAAAAUGGGUAAAAGGGCAGCUGCUGAAGCAUUAUUAACACAACUUGGAUAUAGUAAACCUCAAAUACAACCAACUAAACCAGCAAUUAAAACAAAAACAACAGAUAAUGAUAAUUCAACGAAUACAAGUGGGGAAAGUAAACCAAGAAAAGUUACAUUUUUGAACGAUGAGAAAACGAGUGAAGAGUCACAAUCUCAAUCACAUGGAGGAUCAUUAGGACGUCAAUUAGUUCCUGGUCUUCUUCUCGUUGAUGGAGGUCAAGAUAGUAAAAUUAGCAGUGGACCAAGUGUUCAAGCAGUAGCCGAGGAACUCAGAGAACAACAACAGACUAGUCCACCGGGUAUAUCACCAAAAGAACAAUUAACAUAUCUUGCUCAACUAUUGAAUUUUCAAGUUGAAUUUAGCGAUUUUCCAAAGGGUGUGCACAAGGAAUUUUUAUCAUUGGUUUCACUCAAUACUCAUCCACCUCAAGUUUGUCAUGGACAUGGACCAACAACCAGUGCAAGUCGUGAUCAAGCAGCACGAACAGCACUUCGUACACUGAGCAAACUUGGCCUUGAUAGUGUUACAAGUACACAAAAUAAUAAACAAGAAAAAAAUGAUGCGUCUGAUGCCAUUCACAUCAAUACUCAAACAAAGACAAAUAUGCUUAAUCAAGCAAUUGAUAAAUAAUUUUAAUAUAAUGAAAAAAAAGUCAGUUUCCAGAAUAAUCUUCAAAACCGUACACUUCCUUUUUCAUAUAUACAUGAUAUCGUUUUAUGAUUUUUGUUUUUUUUUAUUUAAAUUUUGCCACAAUCGUAUAAAUGGCAAAUUAUUAUUAUCUUUUCUUUGGCAUCAAUGUUCCUGGUUUUAUUUUUAUUCUGUUGAAUUUACUCGCAGUAUUAUUGCCCUCGCGGAGAAGAAAAGAAGCUGAUUUUUUUUUAAAUCAGCAAAUUUGUUUUUCUAUUGAUAGAAAGUAAUAUAUAAUUUUUUUUUCUUUAAAUUAAUUUAAGUUUAUUUAAUUUUAUUAUUUGGUUUUAUUCCGCCUGGGCGAGAUAACACAUGAAACAUUAAAAAAAUAAAAAAAGUUAUUUAAAAAAAAACAAGAAAUUAAUAAUAUCGUACUUUAGAUUAUACUUUAUAAACAAGAU